AUGGCAGCUCCGCCGGAAAAGACUCUCGAUGACCUCAACGGUUCAUGGAUCAUGAACAAAGGGAAGUCUGACAACACCGAUCCCGUCUUGAACUUGCAGGGUGUUGGCUGGUUACUUCGCAAGACCAUUGCCCUGGCCACCGUCACGCUCAACCACAAGCAGUACACAGACGCCGAGGGCGUCGAGCGCAUUGACAUUGACCAGGUCAUCACACCUGGCUUGCAGGGUACCCGCGAGGAACGUGCCCUCACUUGGGAGUGGCGUGACCACAGAGAUUUCGUCUUUGGCGAGGUCAGAGGCCGCUCCCGCAGAGUCAAGCUUGCCGACGUGCCUGACGAUGAGGACGGCAGAUGGAUGAAGGAUGGUUGGGAGCCCGCUUUCCUCGAAGGGGGCGAGGCUAUCGAGACGUACGUCGAGAACAAGGAGCUGGGUUGGACUGCCAACCAGUUCUGGGGCUUUGAGCUGCUUGACGGCGAGAGGAGGUAUGCCAGGCACGUCGUCGUCAAGGACCAGUCUGGCAAAAAAGUUCUGCGGAUCAGGCUCGUCUAUGACUGGGCUGGUCCGCUAUCGGGGAGCGAUUGCACCGUGGCAUAG